CUCCGCCGCGAACCGCGGCUGUGACUUGCGGGACUUUUUUGGCGCGCAAGGUCUCGGUGCCCUCCCCGUGGCGGGGCUACUGGCGUUUGAGCUUCCGGGUCCAGCCGCGUCUAGGCAGGGGGGAAAAACGUGGAGGGGCGCGCGUCUGCCGCAGGAAACACGGGGUCCAGAGUCCCACUUACCAGUAAGGCGUUCCCACGAGUUAGUCUGUGGCUUUGGGGAAGGCGCUUUCCUGGGCCUCAGUUUCCCCAUCUGUAAAACCGGAGUCAAUCGCGCAGAGUUGGGAUGGGAAUUAAACGAGGUACCGCGCGCUCCGAGGGCGAGAAAGGCCAGCGGCUCCCUUCGCGCCGAGGGCAGGACGGCGGCGGCCGCAUCACCGCGCAGUCUCCCGACUCGCCAGGUGUGGGCUCAGCCCGCCCCUCCCUGCCUUCCUCCCCGAAGUAGGCUGGGGGCGAGGAGCGGUGGGCUCUGCCCGGCACUGGCGCCUCCCGCGCGGGCGCCCCGGGUGUCCGCCCCGCGCUCCGCCGGCACCCCGAGGUGCCCGGCGCUCCCGGAGCUGGGCGGGGCGGGGCGCGGCGCGGUCCUCGUGACCCGGCGGGCGCCUCCGGGACCUCGCCCCUCCCUCCGCUGCGCGCCCUGCGCUCUGCCUGGCCCGUGUCUGCCCUCCUGGCCUCAACGCGCCGCGACCCGACGCCCGGCCGGUCGCCUCGCUCUCCCGAGCAGGACCGCAGAGAGCAACCCCGGGGUCCGGGCCAGGCCGACACGCCCGCGGAAAGGAGUCGGUGUGACCCUGACGAGAAGCAGAGAUGGGGAAAAAACUGGAUCUUUCCACGCUCACGGAUGAAGAGGCCAAGCACGUCUGGGAAGUAGUUCAACGGGACUUUGACCUUCGAAGGAAAGAAGAGGAGAGACUAGAGGGUUUGAAAGGCAAGAUUAAGCAGGAAAACUCCAAGAGGGAGCUGCUUCCGGACACGGCCCACCUGAGCAACACCCACUGCGCCCGCUGCCUGCUGCCCUACCGGCUCCUCGAGACGCCCAAGAGGCAAUGCCUGGACUGCGGCCUCUUCACCUGCAAAGGCUGCGGCCACACCCCGGAGGAGCAGGGCUGGCUCUGCGACCCCUGCCACCUGGCCAGGCAGGUGAAGAGGGGCUCCCUGGAGUGGUACUACGGGCACGUGAGAGCCCGCUUCAAGCGCUUCGGGGGUGCCCAGGUAGUCCGGUCCCUCUGCGGGCGGCUGCAGGGAGCAGGUUUACCUGACCAAGUGCAGAGCUCACCUGACGUCAACAGUGGGCCUGAGCCAGGCCCCGGGGGGAAAAGUGGAGACAGUGAGAAGACGGAUGAAGACAGAGAACAGGACACAGUGGCCCAGGCCCAGCCCGCUGGAAGCAAAAAGAAGCGCGUCCUCCCCGUUCACGGCCUGGACUUCGAGGCAGACUCUGACGACUCCACUCCGUCCUGCGGGCCCCCCCCAAGCCUGUCCUUGGUCUCAGGGGCCGCGGACAACCUGCAGGCCCCGUGUGCUCAGGCCCUCACAGAUGAGCCCUGCACAGAGGAGACCACCUCCCAGGAGCCCGUGGUCCUGGACGAGGCUGAUGCCAGGGCCUCUGGGUGCCACCCCUGUCCAGAAGGGCAGAUGGCCAGCCUCUCGCCUGCCGGACCAGACGCCCUCGCUGAGCUCUGCCUGCCGGGAGAGUCUUGCACGACGGCCCCGGGGACCACCGCGACACCUGGAAUACAUGUCCUCGGGAAUGAGCAGCUCCCAUCCCACUAUCUGGCCGACGUGGACACCUCGGAUGAAGAAAGCAUCUGGGCUCAGAGGGUGGCAUCUCACCAUCCCAGACGGAGAGGCCAGACCUUGUCUGAGAACCAGUGUCCCGCUGGCAGCAAGCCCACAGACGCCGACGUGGAAGAGGUGGCCCUAAGGAGAAGACUGGAGGACUUGAUCAGCCACGUCAGUGACCAGCGGGCCUCAUCCGAGGAGGAGGGCGAGGGUGACGGGGCGGAGCCGGGCGGCAGCACCCCCGUCGAGCACCUCCCCGGGGCCGCCCAGGAGGUGUGCACGGCUGCAGGCCAAAUGCCCAGCCGGGAGAAGGGGCCCCGGGGCCCCCAGGACCCCGUGCAGCCCAGCAGGACUACAGACAAGGAGCUGUCGCAGCUGGAGGACAGAGUGGCCGCCACGGCCUCUGAGGUGCAGCGGACAGAGAACGAGGUUUCAGAUAUCGAGUCCAGGAUCGCAGCCUUGCAGGCUGCAGGGCUCACUGUGAGGACCUCGGCAAAGCCCCGGAGGAAAUCCAACCUCCCGGUAUUUCUUCCCCGGCUUGUUGGGAAGUUUGGCCAGAGUCCUAAGGAUCCGAAUGCAGACCCUUCGGAUGAGGUCAAGGUUGUGGCUGUACCCUAUCUUGUGAGGGGAAAGCUCGGUAAUUACCCCAAAAGUCAAGACAGAGAUGAUGACUCCUUCGAUCGGAAAUCCGUGUCCCGCGGAUCCCUGACACAGAGAAACCCCAACGGCAGGAAGGGAACCGCCAACCACAGCUUUGCGAAACCCGUGAUGACACACCAGGCCUUAAAGGAGAGGUUCGUCUGAACGGGACAGAGCAGCAGAGUGGUGCUGGGCCUUCCUGCCCUCCGCCUCGGCCUUCGUGUCCCUCCACCUGCCCCGCGUUUUCCAGCGCAUGCCAUCCAGUGGGGGAACGAGAAGAAACCCCGUCCGUGAGCUGAUAGCGGUGCUCAGACCGGCAGCUCUUCACCCACGUUCUUUGAUGACCUCCAAGGCCGCCCCUGCCCACCUGCUCUGAUCCGUGAGAAACAUCUAAGCUGAUACGUCUUUCCUUUAGGGCAAUGUGGCUUAAGCUUUUUGAAGGACACAAAGAAGCUCUUGGGGGCUUCCCUGGUGGCGCAGUGGUUGAGAAUCUGCCUGCCAAUGCAGGGGACACGGGUUCGAGCCCUGGUCUGGGAAGAUCCCACAUGCCACGGAGCAACUGGGCCCGUGAGCCACAACUACUGAGCCUGCGCGUCUGGAGCCUGUGCUCCGCAACAAGAGAGGCCGUGAUAGUGAGAGGCCCGCGCACCAUGAUGAAGAGUGGCCCCCGCUUGCCACAACUAGAGAACGCCCUCGCACAGAAACGAAGACCCAACACAGCCAAA